CUAGUUUGUGUCUGACACUUGGCCUAUGUCACUGUAUGAGAGAUGAGUGGUCAUGUAAAGAAUAUGUAUCCUCAGCUGUCCAUAUCACAAGCAGCAAGUACAUUGCUCUCCCUGUUACUGGUGGCUGCCAUUGAUUCAAUGAAUGCUGGAAUAGCAUGUAGAAACCAACAAUGUGAGAGUCACAUACAAAGAAGUUUCAAGCUAACCAGACUCAUACAUAUGGAAUCUGUGGACCUCUUAAAAAUAUAUAAGGCCAGUCAGGGAGACCUGUCAGAGCUGUUCUGCCAGAUGCCAAACAACAUUGUUCCUGACCCAAACAUCUCUGGCCUGGACCCCUCAGAGCGGAUGCUGAGCAUCUAUUCCCACUGUAAGGCUUUCCUACCACACCUGAAGAGAGUCACUGAGCAACAGAGGGACUUACAGCCACCCUCCAGCCCCCUGCUAAACAACCUCACCACUGCCCAGUACCGCACUAGUGGUCUGGCCAACCAAAUAAACUGCAUUUACCAAACCCUCUUUCCAAACCUGCCCAUCCCACUUGAACCUGUAGACGGACCGACAUCAAUACACCCCUCCCAAAACGUGUUCCAACAGAAGGUCUAUGGUUGUGUGGUUCUGAAGAAUUUCAAGGAGCUGCUGUCACAGAUCAGACAUGAACUAAGGACCAUAAAGAACCAAAUGUGCAAAAGUAGGACAUUUGCAUACACAAAUGCACUGUUCUGAGGCCACCUUUCUAUUCUAUUUUAUUUAUUAUUUAUUUGUACACGUGUUCAGAAGUUACGGAAGCUUAUUGCUGCCACUGAAAAAAAAACUGUCCGCACAAAUGUUCGACUUUGAAUAACUUAAAUAUAUUUUGUUUGUGUUGAGAAUGAAUUAACUUAACUUGUGUGUUAAAAUUGCCCUGCAGUAUUCUUGUAGACUACUGUGAGAUUUUAAAAUGAACGUCUUUUGUCAAAUCUGAGUCACUUUGAUAGUUUUGUCCAUUUUAAGUUUUGUGAGCAAAUUAAAAAUAAGUAUUCUCG